CCGUCCGGGUAAGGCGGAAGGAGGAGACGUCAGGUGGGCGUGUACUUCCGCUAUCUGCGUCUUCCCCAAGAUGGCUGCCCCCGUGUCAGUGCAGGUGGAGUUCGGAGGUGGGGCAGAACUCUUAUUUGAUGGUGUAAAGAAGCACCAGGUCACCUUGCCCGGUCAAGAGGAGCCCUGGGAUAUCCGAAACCUUCUCAUCUGGAUAAAGAAGAACUUACUGAAGGAGCGGCCAGAGUUAUUCAUCCAGGGAGAUAGCGUGCGACCAGGGAUUCUGGUACUGAUCAAUGAUGCUGACUGGGAGCUGCAGGGUGAAUUGGACUACCAGCUACAGGACCAGGACAGCAUCCUCUUCAUCUCCACACUGCAUGGUGGUUAGAGCAUCUGUCCUCCUCUGUCCUUCAGUUCCUCCAGCUCCUAGGGACCAUCAGGGCAGAAAACAUCCAAAACAGGGAACAAAAGAGACAGAAAUCCUCCCCCUCCCCCCUCCCCCUUCCCCCACAGCCAGAGCAUGUGGGACACCAAGCUGCUCAUGACUUUGUCUUCAUGGGGAAGGACCAGGAGCAAAAGAACCAGGCAGUCCUGCUCUCCCGCCUCUUCCCUUUGCUGCAUCCUCCCCACUCCCUCUCUAGCCUUAGCAGCUUUCCCUCCGGGAAGGGAAAUGAGGCCAGGUACUAAAAAUGUGCUGCUUACAGCUUGUGCGAUAGUGGAAGAAGCUACUACCACCUCCUUCCCCAAAACAGGGAAGGGGAGGGCAGCUUUGCCUAGAAACCUACCACAGAUUGCCCCAUCCAUAAUCUGUGCCUUGAAAGGAGGUAGUGGUCCUUCUGCCCCCACUACUCUGCAGGCGACUUUGUGAGCUCUGAAUCCCUGUCGUCCUGCCUCUUAAGGAGCUGUUCCGACGUUCUAAACUGUGUCACCCUGGGCAAGUCAUUCAUCACCCUGGGUUUCAGUCUCCUCAUCUGUGAAAUUGUCUUUUGACAGUUUAAGGACCCUUUCAAGCUCUAGAAUUCUGUGACUGAGAUUUUUUGCCUCAGUUUCCUCAUCUCAGAAACCAAGGGCUCCACCUGCUUCUUCCAGCAUCAUUACUGAGCCUCAGCUGGGGGCCCCUAUUCACUGCUGCCUCUUCCUCCUCCUUCUGCCUGGAUGCCCCCAGCUGCUCCAGCCUUGCUCCUCUGACUCCCCUAGCCCUUGACCUAGGCCUGCCCCACAGUAGACAGGCCACCAGAUGGACUCCCAGGCCCCCUCCCCCAGAGACAAAAAGCUGUCGUCCGUCAUAUAACUGUUUGAAGACACCUGGGCUCUGAGCCCCACUGGGGAGAGCUGUGGGUCAUUUCAUUGUGCCUCAGUUUCCUCUUUGAUGCUUAGGAUUUUACCAUUGUGAACUUAAAAGGGUUACCAGAAAACCAGGGCACAAGAAACUGCUUUGUGACAUAUUUGGGACCUUCCAGCUUUUCUCCCCACAGCAUACAGACCCAUCUGGAAGUCAACAUGGCGGUGCCUGUAACAGCCGGCAUUGGGCAAAUAAAGGCCUUCAUGCCUGUCGUUUUUUUCUUUAUUGCCUGGAGCCUCAUCCUAGAUACAGCUGGGCUGGGUCAGUUGUUGGUAUCCCAGUGACCUCAUGGCACAGCUCCUGGCUUGAUGCAAAUAUCCCAAGGAUUCUGAGAAUCAUCCUCUUAUUUCCCUGGAGCAGGUUUAAGGGCCCAACCAGAAUUGUCUGGACCAGAUCUGGGGAUGGGGAUUCCCCAACAAUGAUGUUGGGGAAAUUUGGGGGGACCAGGAAAGGUUGAAUCCAGCUUGAGCUGGAUCUCCAAGUUCACAGUAAAGCUGGGAGCUGGAACCCUUGCUCAUCUGCCUCUCCCUUGUAUACAUAAUGUUGAGUAUUACACCAUCUACCACAGGAUUCAUUUCUAGUCUAUCACUUAGCCUGUCAGACUGAGUUUUCAGGAACCCUUCCUAAUAUAUUCCCAAUUCACUCAGUCUUCAGAGAAGCCCCCUCUUCAUCCAUCAGAAGAGAUUGAGAAUUCUCAGUACAUGCUAGGUAUCCCUGUUCCCAAUCUUGGGUGUUUGUUUACCUUGUCUCUUUAUAUAUGUAGGAAGGAGGAGGGAUGUGUUACUUGUCUGAAAGUCUAGAACUAUUGGCAUAGCUAGGCCCCAAAGAUCCUUUGUACAUCCACAAGGAGAAUUCAAUCCCCUCAGUCCCAAAACUAGAGAUGAGGAGUAAGGGAUGGGGGGGGCAGGGUUUUGCCACGGACAGAGAAAAUAUUUUCCCCAGAUACUUAGGUUUUCCAGAAAAGCUGAAAGAGGGGAGAGGAUAAAAAUACCUCCCACCCAUUACCCACCUCCAGUCAUCCUCUAAAUGAGACUAAUGCCAAGCUCAUCUCCCUCAUGUUGAUCCAUGUGAGGGACUUAGAUCUUCCUGGCUUUGGGGUGUCGAGUGAAAGAUGAGGUGUUCAUUGUAAAAACUCCUGGACUGGUUGUGCUCUCCUUAUCUUAGUAUCAAUUAAAAUUGGUAAUGUGUUUGGA